AUGAAGAAUUCACGCAAACUAUUCAUCUUUUUGGUUUUCCUCCUUCCAGUAUUUGGGAGAUGUGAAUCUGAUUUGCCAUAUAAGGAUUGCUUCAAAAACUUCAACUUACCCGGCCACAAACAGCUGGGAAGGAACAUCGACCGAGUUCUUUUUACUAUAUUGCGAAAGAUUCAGCUUAGUCCCGUAAACUACGCUUCCCACUUUGCUGGCAGAGGUUCGAAUGCUAUCUAUGGCCACGCUCAGUGCCCAAUGUACAUUAAUCGGUCGGAGUGUUAUUCAUGCGUUUUGAAAGCGAUACGUAGAAUAAAAAAGGAUUGCCAAUCUUCAGCAGAAGUGGAAAUUUGGUACGAACUUUGCUUCCUUCGCUACGAUUCCACAAAUUUUUUUAAGCAGGUUGUCCAGGGCCCCGUCUUUGGUUGGUCUCAAAAACAAAGUCCUGUUGCUCAUAGUUUAGACUUCAUAAAAACCGUGAACAGUGUAAUGGCAGAGGCCACUAUGAGAGCGAUCGCAGCAUCUACUAGGUAUGGAGGAAUGGAAAGUGUUAAUUCAGAGAACAACGUAGUUGUCCAUGGAAUGGUACAGUGCACGGGAGAUCUCGAACCAUUAGAAUGCAGCAACUGCCUAAAUUCAUUGGUGAAAGGUCUUCGAUCUAAUUGUGGAGGUGGAGCCUACUCAGAUUGCAUUAUGUUUGCUCCCAGUUGUAUGUCGAGAUAUGUAGGGGUGAACCGGACUUGA